ACGUGUGGUGCGCAAAUCCAUUGCCAGAGUCUUAACUGUUAUCAAUCAGACGCAGAAGGAGAACUUGAGGAAGUUUUACAAGGGCAAAAAGUACAAGCCUCUGGAUCUGCGGCCGAAGAAGACUCGUGCCAUGCGCCGCCGGUUGAACAAGCACGAAGAAAACCUGAAGACCAAAAAGCAGCAGCGGAAAGAACGUUUGUACCCUGCCCGGAAGUACGCCAUCAAGGCGUGA